GAAGAUGUAAAUUUGAUGCAAUCCCUUGGAGUAAAUUCCUAUAGAUUCUCCAUUUCAUGGUCCAGAGUCCUCCCAAGAGGAAGAUUUGGUGAAGUUAAUCAUGAGGGAAUUGAAUUCUAUAACAACCUAAUAAAUUCCCUCUUAGUUAGAGGGAUUCAGCCAUUUGUUACACUAAGCCAUUUUGAUAUUCCUCAAGAACUUGAAGAACGAUAUGGGUCAUGGUUGAAUUCACAACUACAGAAAGAUUUUGGAUACUUUGCAGAUGUGUGUUUCAAAGCUUUUGGUGAUAGAGUGAAGUAUUGGGUCACUUUCAAUGAGCCAAAUCUGAUGCUGAUAUAUGGUUAUAUAACUGGAGUACUCCCGCCAGCCCAUUGCUCCAUUCCAUCUGGUAAUGGUAAUUGCCAAUUUGGGAAUCCAGCUACAGAACCCUACAUUGCUUCCCAUAAUAUUAUAUUAUCCCAUGCCACUGCAGUUAACAUCUACAGGAAAAAAUAUCAGGUUAAGCAAGGGGGCAUGAUUGGGAUUGUGCUGAACUCGAUUUACUAUGAACCACUACGGAAUACCACACCAGAUCAUUCAGCAGCACAACGAGCACUCGCUUUUUAUAAUGCAUGGAUAUUGGAUCCCAUCGUAUUUGGUGAAUAUCCUCUAGAAAUGCGCCAAAUUUUGGGUCCAAGAUUACCAAAAUUCUCACCUAAAGAGAAACAGAUGUUGAAGAACACGCUGGAUUUUAUUGGAAUUAAUCAUUAUACAAGUUUGUAUGCACAAGAUUGCUUGUUCUCUCAAUGCAACGCUGUUACUUCACAGAUGAAUGGAUUCGUUCUUAUCACAGGAGAAAGAGAUGGUAUCCCUAUAGGACCACGGACGGCAAUGCAAGAUAUAUAUGUGGUUCCUUCUGGUAUGGAGAAAAUGAUUAUGUACUACAAGGAGAGAUACAAUAACAUUCCAAUGUUUAUCACAGAAAAUGGGUAUCCGGAUGGGAAUAGUCCCAACGAUUCGGUUGACGAUUUUAUAAUUGACACUAAGAGGGUGGAGUACCUUCAUGGUCACAUAUCAUCCCUUGCCAUGGCCUUGAGGAAAGGAGCAGAUGUAAGGGGUUAUUUCAUAUGGUCUCUUCUUGAUAACUUUGAGUGGACAUUUGGCUUUACUUUGCGAUUUGGGCUUCAUUAUGUAGACAACAACACACUUGAGAGAACACCAAAACUAUCAGCAAUGUGGUAUGAGCAAUUUCUUGGUGGAUUGAAGAUGGAGAAACCUAAAGAAGACAAUGAGAGGGUUCAAAUACAAAGUCUUUCCAGAAAAAUGCUACAUGGCUGCCGGCCUUCAUCUAUUGCUUUGGGCAUGAGUAAGCUAUGGGAUUUUAUGGCAAAGAACGAUAGAUGGAUUAUCGGUAAUGGUAGCCUCGCUUUUUUUUGGAGCGACAAGUGGUGGGGUCCAAAAUCGGUGAUAGAAGAAUUUAGCUCUGAUAACCUUCCCCAGAUCUCAAUCUUGGCUAAGGUGAGCGACUUUGUCAGGAAUGGUGAGUGGGACCUCCUGGCUGUUAGAUUUGACAUUCUUAGUAAUAUUUUCAAUAUUAUUAAGGAGAUCAGGCUCCCCAUCAGGCCUCUUGAUGAUGUUUGUGCCUGGCAUCCGACUCCGUCGGACUCAUUCUCAAUUGCUUCUGCUUGGGAGGACCUUAGGAGGAAAGCUCCAUCUAUGCAUUGGUGCUCGGAAAUUAGUCUCUGUGCAGGAAGCUACAAGGGUGAGGUGAGAUCUGUCUCUGAUAUUCUUUGUUGUAGGAACUUGGGGCUGACCAUUGAGAACCCUAGGGUUCCUCCGCCUCUAGAAGUUCAUUGGUGUAAACCCCCAUUAAACUGGGUGAAAGCCAAUGUUGAUGGAAGUUCUUUGGGCAAUCCUGGCAGGGCAGGGGCUGGUGAUGUUAUUCGUGAUAGUGAUGGUAAAGUCUGCAAUGCUUUUAGUAUAUUCUUGGGCAUAAAGAAGAUAAAUGAGGCUGAGUUUGAUGCUGUGAUGGAAGGAAUUCUGUUGGCGAAAUCCAUGGAGGCUUGGGGUCUAUGGAUUGAAUCGGAUUCGGCUACAGUGGUGUCGGUGAUCCACAAUAAUCAGAUUCCUUGGUUUAUUCUCCAAAAAUGGGUUUUCGCCCUUCCAUUUUUAGAGUCUAUUCCUUGGAAAAUCUCUCACUACUUCCGCAAGGCGAAUCCCAUAGCCAAUUAUCUUGUGAAGAAGGCGUUAAAGGCGCUGCUUGCUUUCUCUGUUGAUGGCCAUGCCGAAGGUGGAGAUAGUCAGUUGCUUUAG